AUGAGUUUAGGUGCGUUGAUAAAAGAGGAGAAAAGAGCAACAUCUUCUCAAGUACACAUGCCAAAUGAUAUAGACUGGCAAAUGCUAGACAAACCAAGAUUCUUCUUCCUCGGAGCUGCUCUCUUCUCCGGUGUAUCCACAGCUCUUUACCCUAUCCUUGUCCUCAAAACAAGGCAACAAGUCUCCCCAACCUAUGUCUCCUGCGCCAACAUCUCUCUUUCCAUCGCUAGACUCGAGGGACUAAGAGGUUUCUACAAGGGCUUUGGAACGUCUCUCCUUGGAAGCAUCCCUGCUCGUGCACUCUACAUGACUGCUCUAGAGAUCACCAAGAGUAGUGUUGGUCAAGCAACCGUUAGGUUAGGUUUUUCUGAUACAACAUCUACGGCUGUUGCUAAUGGUGCAGCUGGUUUGACCUCUGCUGUAGCUGCUCAGAUUGUCUGGACACCGAUUGAUGUUGUGAGCCAACGGCUUAUGGUUCAAGGUGACGUGUCGUUGACUUCUUGCAGAUACAGUAACGGGUUUGAUGGUUUUAGGAAGAUUCUUUACAGUGAUGGACCAAGAGGGUUCUACAGAGGGUUUGGUCUCUCUAUCUUGACUUAUGCACCUUCAAACGCUGUCUGGUGGGCGUCUUAUUCAUUAGCUCAAAGAUCAAUUUGGUGUAAACUCAAGCGUCAAGAUGGUAGUGGUGGCUCAGUGGUGGUUCAAGCCCUGAGUGCAGUUACAGCAAGUGGUUGCUCGGCUUUGAUAACUAUGCCUGUGGAUACAAUCAAGACAAGGUUACAGGUUUUAGACGCUGAAGAGAAUGGGAGGAAACGAGCAAUGACGGUGAUGCAGACAGUGAAGAGCUUGGUGAGGGAAGGUGGCUUUAAGGCUUGUUAUAGAGGGUUAGGACCAAGGUGGGUCUCUAUGUCUAUGUCUUCAACAACUAUGAUCACUACCUAUGAGUUCUUGAAGCGCCUGGCUGUAAAGAAGCAGUAA